GCAGCAGGGACCCGAGACCCCGGGCCGCUGAGGGAGCCAUGGCAGAGAAGAUCCUGGUGACCGGCGGCGCUGGCUACAUCGGCAGCCACUGCGUGCUGGAGCUGCUGCAGGCUGGCUACGUCCCCGUGGUCAUAGACAACUUCCACAACGCCAUCCGAGGGGCAGAUGCGCUCCCCGAGAGCCUCCGGCGGGUGCAGCAGCUCCUCGGCCAGCCCAUCCUCUUCCAGGAGAUGGACAUCACCGAUGGGGCAGCGCUGCAGGAGCUCUUCAGCAAGCACCACUUCUCAGCCGUGAUGCACUUUGCGGGGCUGAAGGCAGUGGGGGAGUCAGUGCAGAAGCCGCUGGAGUACUACAGAGUGAACCUCACCGGGACCAUCCGGCUGCUGGAGGCCAUGAAAGCCCACGGCGUGAGGAACCUGGUGUUCAGCAGCUCUGCCACCGUCUACGGAGACCCCAAGUACCUGCCCCUGGAUGAGAAGCACCCGGCUGGAGGCUGCACCAACCCCUAUGGCAAAUCCAAGUACUUCAUCGAGGAGAUGAUUCGAGAUCUCUGCAAAGCAGAGAAGGACUGGAACGCUGUUCUCCUGCGCUAUUUCAACCCCAUCGGUGCCCACGAGUCAGGCCUGAUCGGAGAAGAUCCUCAGGGGAUCCCCAACAACCUCAUGCCCUACGUGGCGCAGGUGGCUGUGGGGCGCCGGGAAUUCCUGAACGUAUUCGGGAAUGACUACGAGACGGAUGAUGGAACGGGCGUCAGGGAUUACAUCCACGUCGUGGACUUGGCCAAGGGCCAUAUCGCUGCUUUGAAGAAGCUCAAGGAGAACUGCGGCUGCAAGAUCUACAAUCUGGGCACAGGCACCGGCUACUCUGUCCUGCAGAUGGUCCAGGCCAUGGAGAGAGCCUCAGGGAGGGAGAUCAGGUACAGGAUCACGGCCCGGCGCGAGGGGGACGUGGCCUCCUGCUACGCUGACCCCACGCUGGCCGAGCGUGAGCUGGGCUGGAAAGCUGCCUUUGGCCUGGACAAGAUGUGUGAGGACCUGUGGCGGUGGCAGCUGCAGAAUCCCACAGGCUUCAGCAAGAACUGAGCCAUGGCCCCGGGGCUCCCCCGGCUCCUGGGCUGCUCCCCAGUGAGGCUGUGAUCACCCUGGGUGCGACUCCAGCUCCCCUCCUGCCUCUGGCGUGGGGCAGCCCCAGCCUCUCCACUCCUCACCCUCCCCACUCCCCCAGGUCCUUCGCAUCUCAGAGCAGAAGCACAAGGGAAAACGCAGCCAGGGCCCUGCUUUGGCACCCAGGGCACAGAAACCCCUGGUGGGACUGCACAGGGGCCGGUGCCCACCCUAGCAGGGACCUGAACCACCCCUUCCCUGCUGCACCCAACCCGCCCAGCUCAGGGGGCAGGGGCUGUCCCUGGCUUAAGGGGGAGACCAGGGCUCCCACUGCCCCCUGC